AUGCAAUGGUUUUCGUUAUUCAUUCUUUGUGCCCUUGUAUGUACCGUUCUAUGUGACAAACCUACUAAAAAACCUUCAUCGAAGUUCAAGACCACGAGAAAACCACUUCAGAAAAAGCCUGAUUCGAAGACUGUCGCCGUAAAGCCGAACAUAGAUGUCUACAAAUAUCUCACAAAAUUUGGCUAUAAUCCAUGUGCAAAUUCUACUAAGUCGAAGCCAACAGAUGAAUCUGGUCCAUUAUGUUCUACAAAUCUGGCAUCGAUGGUUGAAGCCUUUCAAAUCGCUUAUGGCUUAAAUGUAACUAAGAAACUCGAUGCCGCUACAGAGAAGCUGAUGCGAACACCGCGAUGUAGUCUGCCAGAUUAUCCACCAGCAUUUACCGAUAGAGGAAAGCUGUGGCCAAAGAAUCGCACACUCACGUGGAAACUGGAAAACAGUCGUUCGCCCUUCGACAAAUCAAAAAUUCGUAAAUAUAUUCAACAAGCAUUUAAUGAUUGGGCCAUUCAUAGUGGAUUAACCUUUCGCGAAGCAUCUGAGAAUGCAAAAGCUGAUUUUACUUUGACUUUUGCGAAUGAUGAACAUGGAGAUGGAUUUCCACAUGACGGGCCUGGAGGAACUCUAGCUCAUGCUUUCCCUCCCUGGGAUCCUCGCACUCGCGGAACAUCUCAUUAUGAUCUCGCGGAAGAUUGGUCGGACACGUAUGAUGGUGUGGGUAUUAAUUUUCGCCUAGUUGCCUCGCAUGAAAUCGGACACAAUCUUGGACUUGGACAUAACACUCUAGAAUCCAAAGCACUUAUGAAUCCAUAUUAUCAACUAUUUGAACCAACGGACAUGUUACCGAAACCAGUAAGUAAAGUACUUCUUCGCUUCAUAAACCAUCCUCAUAUGUAA